UGAAAGUUUGAUCAUUUCUUGAUAAUUAAUUUUCAUUCAUAUCAAUGACGAACUAUGAGAAUUUACUAAAUUUACCGCUUAAUUGCAAUGCAAAUGACAAUAGCGGUGGUCUGGCAACGCAGGAAAUUAUAAAAAUGUCACAACGGGACUUUUCAGAGAAUGAGCCCGAGUGCACACCAGAGCUGCCGGCCGCCAACCGUGCACUAUUUCUCGAGAAGGUGCGCCAAUCAAAUGCCGCCUGCCAGAGCGGCGACUUCGCCACCGCCGUCACGCUCUACACCGAUGCGCUACAGCUCGAUCCCGGCAACUAUAUACUUUACAGCAAUCGCUCGGCGGCACGCCUCAAACAGGGCCAGUUCGCACUCGCGCUACAGGAUGCCACAAAGGCACGCGAGCUGUGUCCGCAAUGGCCGAAAGCGUAUUUUCGACAAGGUGUAGCGCUGCAGUGUCUGGGUCGUUAUGGCGAAGCGUUGGCUUCAUUCAGCGCUGGCUUGGCGCAAGAUACACAACACAAGCAGCUGCUGGCUGGCCUGAUGGAGGCGUCUGUGAAAAGUCCGUUGCGUCAUGCGCUGGAGCCGACAUUUCAACAGCUGCGCGCUAUGAAUCUGGACCAAUCUCCGUUUGUGGUGAUAUCGGUUGUGGGGCAGGAGUUACUACAGGCUGGGCAAUAUCAUUCGGCGGUCACUGUGCUGGAGGCCGCAUUACGUAUUGGUUCCUGUUCGUUGAAAUUGCGGGGCUCUGUCUUCAGCGCUUUAAGUUCCGCCCACUGGGCGCUCAAUCAACUGGAUAAAGCCAUUGGUUAUAUGCAGCAGGAUUUGGCUGUGGCGAAAAGUCUCGGCGAUACGGCCGGUGAGUGUCGUGCGCAUGGCAAUCUCGGUUCGGCCUACUUUAGCCAGGGUUCCUUCAAAGAAGCGCUCACCGCACACCGUUACCAGCUCGUGCUUGCCAUGAAGUGCAAGGACACACAGGCCGCCGCUGCUGCGCUCACAUCACUUGGACACGUCUACACCGCCAUCGGCGACUAUCCCAAUGCCUUGGCCAGCCACAAGCAAUGCGUGCAGUUGGUGAAACAGAUUGGUGAUCGUUUGCAAGAAGCGCGUGAAAUCGGCAAUGUCGGUGCCGUCUACUUGGCAAUGGGCGAAUUCGACUCGGCAGUGGAUUGUCAUACGCAACAUCUACGUCUGGCACGCAAAUUAGGCAAUCAGGUGGAGGAGGCGCGCGCCUACUCCAACCUCGGUUCAAGCCAUCAUUACCGUCGCAAUUUUGCACAGGCUAUCACCUUUCAUGAGCAGGUCUUGCGUAUCUCAAAGCAACUAGGCGACCGCAAUAUUGAGGCGCGUGCAUACGCAGGUUUGGGGCAUGCGGCGCGCUGCGCCGGUGACUGCGUACAGGCGAAAAAAUGGCAUGAGAAGCAGCUGGAGAUGGCGCUUGCAGCGCGCGACAAGAUAGGCGAAGGCCGCGCUUGCUCUAAUCUAGGCAUCGUUUAUCAACUUCUCGGCGAACAUGACGCCGCGCUUAAGCUGCAUCAGGCACAUCUAACCAUCACUAGACAGCUGCACGAUCGCGCUGGUAUGGGACGCGCCUAUGGUAACAUAGGGAACGCGUACUCUGCCGCAGGCCUGUAUGAGGCAGCCAUCAAGUACCACAAGCAGGAGUUGACGAUCAGUAAAGAGGUGCACGAUCGCAGCGCGGAAGCAUCCACACACGGCAAUCUCGCCGUAGCCUAUCAGGCUUUGGGCGCACAUGACAUGGCGCUGAUGCACUACCGCGCGCAUUUGAACAUCGCACGUGAGCUGAAGGACACAGCGGGUGAAGCCUGCGCGCUGCUCAAUCUAGGCAACUGCUUCAGCUCAAGACAAGAGUUCGCGCAAGCAGUACCCUACUAUGAGCAGUACUUGAUGCUCUCCCAGGAGCUGGGUGACGUGGCGGCCGAGGGUAAGGCGUGUCACUUCCUUGGCUAUGUGCACUACUGCAUUGGUAACUAUCGCGAAGCGGUUCGUUACUAUGAUCAAGACUUGGCGCUGGCAAAAGACUUACAGGACAAAAUAAAUAUGGGACGCGCCUACUGCAAUCUGGGUCUAGCGCAUUUGGCGCUGGGGAAUUCACAAGCUGCUCUGGACUGUCAAAAGUUCUUCCUAGCUGUGGCACACAUGACCAGCCAUGUAUCCGGCAAGUUUCGCGCGCUCGGUAAUUUGGGCGACAUAUUGGUACGCAGCGCUGACCACGAUGAAGCGAUCAAAAUGUACCAGCGGCAACUCUCGCUCUCUCGUCAUGCACGCGAGCGACCGUUGGAGGCCGCUGCUUGUGGUGCGCUUGGGCUAGCACAUCGUCUCAUCAAAAAAUUCGACAAAGCGCUCGGCUAUCAUACGCAAGAGUUAGCGCUCCGCCAAGAGAUGUCCGAUCUUCCGGGCGAAUGCAAAGCACACGGUCACCUCGGCGCUGUACACAUGGCCCUAGGCAAUUACCAGCACGCUGUCAAGUGUUAUCAAGAACAGCUGGGACGCGCACAAGAGCUGCAAGACUCGGGCGUAGAGGCGCAGUCCUAUGGCAAUCUCGGCAUUGCUAAGCUCAACAUGGGUCUAUAUGAAGAUGCCAUAGGCUAUUUAGAGCAGCAAUUGGGUACAUUGGAGCGCGUAAACAUGCCGACGACACAACACGAUCGCGCGCGUGCACUCGGUCACCUUGGUGACUGCUAUGAUGCGUUGGGUGACUUUGAGGAGGGCAUCAAAUGCCACGAGCGCCACUUACAACUUGCGACGGCACUACAAAGCUAUCGAGAUCAAGAACGUGCCUACCGCGGUCUGGGACAUAGUCACCGCGCUCUUGGAAACCUGCCAGAAGCGCUAGUUUGCUUGGAGAAACGUCUGGUGGUGGCACACGAAUUGGGCAGUCCUGAGGUCAAAGCUGUGGCCUAUGGUGACUUGGGUAAUAUACAUUCAGCGCUGGGCAACUAUGAGCAAGCAGUCAACUGUUUGGAACACCAGCAGGAAAUUGCACGCGAGUUGGGCGACCGCGCACUGGUCUCGGAUGCUACGAGCGCAUUGGGUAAUGUUUAUCAACGCAUGAACGAUGCAGAGGGCGCACUGCGUCUGCACAAAAUGGACUUGGAAAUGUGCGAGCACUUGGGGGCUGAAGCGCUGCAGUCGCGUGCAUGUGGCAACCUGGGCGCGGUGUAUGAAUCCAUAGGCAACUAUGUGGAUGCGGUAAAAUUCUAUGAAAAACAAUUGGCGCUGACAGCAGAUCGUCUUAGCAAGGCAUACGCGUGCGGUUCACUUGGCCGAGUUUUCCAUCAAAUGAGGCAGAAUACACAGGCCAUCAACUUUCUGCGUCAAGGUCUGGCAAUUGCGCAGUCGAUCAACAAAUCGGAAGAGGAGGCCAAAAUAAGAUAUCAACUCGGUCUUUCUCUACGCGCUUCCGAUGACAACGAAGAUGCACGCACCCAAAUGGAAAGCGCAGCCCAAUUACUGGAGUCUGUGCGCUAUGACCAGCGCAGUCCCGAAGGACGCACCAGUCUUUUCGAUCUGCAAACGUCUUGCUAUCACAUACUGCAACAAAUUCUUGUCGCCACACAGCGCAACGAGGACGCCUUGGUAGCCGCCGAACGUUGCAAGGCACGCACCAGUCCGGACACGAAUAGCAUAUCACGCAAAACCACCAUCACCUGCAGCGAGUCCAUCUAUGACAUCGUCAAUCGCUCCAAGACGAAUGUGCUAUACUUUAGCUUGGCCGGUGAUGAGCUCUACGCUUGGUUCUUACAACCACAAAAGGGCCUAGUUCGUUUUCAUGUCGUACAUAUAAAUGAGGAAACGCUGAAAAUAUCGAGUGAAAAACUGGCGGAGCAUUCGAAAAAUACACAGCCAAAAGGAAGUCUGCUGGAGCGCUAUAUUAAUAUGGUGCGCGACAAUUUGGGCGUCAACUCGGAUAGUGUCUUGCUCGAAGGUGAUGGUAGUGGCUGGCGCUCGAGUUCAGAGAACCUGCUGGAUGAUUUUGCCAAUGAACGUAGCGGCUUUCUGCGCAUGGUCAAUCGGAAUCACAUGAUGAACUCCUCCAACUAUUCACUGAGUUCGCUAUUCAGCUUGGGCUCAGUGGGUGGUUCGGUCGCUAGUCUGCAAGGCUCUACACGUUCCAUCGGUAGUCUACAAGGUUCGACGCGCUCGCGACGUGUGCCCACAUUGCCCGCUUGGCAAGGACCCACGUGUCUGCAUACCCUCUACAAUCUACUGCUGGAACCAUUCGAUGACUUACUACCAUCAGGCUGUUCAGUGUCACGUCAAGGACGCAAAGAGCUCAUCUUGGUGUUAGAAAACGAGCUCUAUUUGGUGCCUUUCGCCAUACUGCGCAGCUCUAAAGAUGAUGGCGAAUACCUAUCGGAACGUUGCUCCAUAAUCACGAUUCCUUCACUACAAACGCUGCGUUUGAAGAGCAAAAUUUUGCGCACACGUGAAUUGACUGAAAAUUUAAGUACCGCCUUGGUUGUCGGCGGUCCGCGUAUACCUUCUGUAUUAUCCGAAACCUGGGGCUGGUCAGAAUCACCUGCCUCGUUACAAGAAGCCGCUAUGGUGGCCGAUAUGUUGCAAGCGAAGGCCAUUGCAGGCUGCAAUGCCACCAAAGAGGCGGUCAUCUCCGAGCUACCGACCGCGGAGUGCGUACACUUUGCCGCUAAUCUGAGCUGGAAACUUGGUGCCGUAGUGCUCAGCCCGGGCGAUGUGGUGGAUUCGCAGACACAGAAGCGUUACUAUCAGUCCUCAGCCGCUGGUGGUGCACAGGACGAAGAAACCAACGAGCUAUCUGGUGGUAAUAUAGAGUUACCACAGCUAUCCGAUUUCAUACUAUCGGCAGCAGAUGUGCUUACUAUGAAAUUAAAUGCCAAGCUGGUAGUUCUUAGCUCGUAUCACUCCAUUGAACCGAUCACAGGCGCAGGUGUGGCCAAUUUGGCUGGCAGCUGGUUGUGCGCCGGUGCCGGUGCCGUGCUCAUCUCUUUGUGGCCCGUGCCAGAGACUGCUGCAAAGAUUCUGCUACGUGCCUUUUAUUCGGCGCUAUUACAGGGUGCACGUGCUGCACGAGCUCUCGCCGAGGCCAUGCAGACAGUCCAGCAUACGAAACACUUUGCUCACCCGGCAAAUUGGGCUGGUUUUCUUCUAAUCGGCGGUAAUGUACGUCUCUCGAACAAGGUCGCCAUGAUGGGUAAUGCACUCUGUGAGCUAAUGCGUACACCAGAUAAGUGCCGCGAUGCGCUGCGUGUUUGCCUGCAUCUGGUGGAAAAGAGUUUGCAGCGCAUUCAUCGUGGCCAAAAGAAUGCCAUGUAUACCACACAAAAGAGCAUUGAGAACAAGGCUGGACCAGUGGGCGGUUGGAAGGAUCUAUUAAUGGCAGUGGGUUUCCGUUUUGAGCCUGCCGCCAAUGGCAUACCAUCAAGCGUUUUCUUCCCACAAUCUGACCCCGAGGAUCGGCUCUCACAAUGUUCGGCUAGCUUACAAGCACUUUUGGCCCUGACACCACUUACCCUACAGGCAUUGGCGAAGCUGGUUAGCAGCGCCGAUGUAGCGGACGAUAUUAUUACACUUAUAAGAAAUGUAUUGGCACAAUUCCCGCCAAAAGGUAACAACGAGACAGAAGCCUGCAUUGAAAUACCGCUAAGUGUGCGCUUGUGGCGCGUUGCGGGCUGUCACGAGCUGUUAGCAUCCAUUGGAUUUGAUCUCACUGAGGUCGGGCAGGAUCAGGUGACGCUACGUACGGGCAAACAAGCGAAUCGACGCAACUGCCAAUUUGUGUUACAGGCGCUGUUGGCACUCUUCGACACUCAAGAGGCGCCUAAAAGCCUGGGUUUGGACUCGUCCAGCAGCUGUGAAUCACUCGCUGAGGAAACGCAUGCCGAUCUACAAGUUUCAGUAUCCAAUCCUGCACUGGCACUCACGUCAAUACCGACAGCAGCUUCGUCACAUCUAACUGCGGAUUCCACUAAGGCCUUGGGCAUUGGUUUACAACUGCCGCCAAUUAAUCGCACACGCGUCAUUAGCAGCAGUGGCAGUGCAUUCAUUUCGUAUGUACGUCGACGCGGUGAGCCCGAUGGUGGACGCACUGACACCGAAUCAAUACCCAGCGCGCCGGGCAGCGCUGGCUCGGCGCUUUAUCCUACACAAGAUUCGAGCCUGGCCAACACUACCGACAGCGAACUUUCAGAUGGUUACAUCUCGCAAGCACAUAUUAACAAGACCACAGGUCCUCGUUUAGGUUAUUCCAGUUUGCGCGCACCAGUACGUGUCUCACGCCCCGGCGGCGGUGGUGAAAGCGAUGCUGCUUUCACACCCAGCCCACCAGUUACUACACAAAACCCAGUUGAACAGAACGUUUCAAUGGCAUUGGCACAUCAAACUCGCAUACGCAACCUUUAUUCCAGCGCUGGCAUGAACUACCUGGGUGACAGUGUUAUACCAGAAAUGAGUGUCGUGCCGAGUGGCAUCUCCAGACGCCCAGAUAGCUCAAGUUCCGCCAGUUCUACCACAGACUGGGAGAUUUCUGGGCACGCAACUGUGCUGCGACGCAACAACCAGCCUCCGCAUGGUCAUAUGCCACCACUGCCACCGCCUAGACAAAAUCUGCCACUGGUCGAUAGUUUGCGACCUGUCCCUCCAAUGGCACCUGUCUACAAUAAUCUGGGACCAGCCACUUCUAUGACUGGUACAACCAUGUCAGCAGCAAACUUGGAGUCCACAAGCUCCGAAUCGGAAAUUGAACGUGGUUUGGAAUUAGCUCAGACUCCAAUGUCACACUUCCGCCUCAAACCUAAAAUUAAACUGGGCAACGCUCAGUCGUCGGUAGCUGCACGCCUCAGCAAAGAACAUGCGCUCUUCAUGGAUCGACUCAACGUACGUUCGGAAGCUCCAUCCAACUUGAAUGGCAACCAUCAAGGUGCUAGUGGCAUAGCUGGCGCGCUUCCCGGCAGUCGCAAGCCACUAAGUCUACCCGAAGAGGACGACAAUGCGCUCAUCGUAAACGCAUCGAAUCUGUACUUCUCCCAAGCUGACACCGAACUGCUCAAUGAGGCGAAGAAGGAGCUUAAGUCUGCAGCAGCUAGUGGCACAGCAACGAGCAGCAGUCAAAGCGUAGUUUCCAAGGAGGCCAGCAAGGUGAAUCAGAAGAGCAUACAAGACUCAAUAAUGCGCCACAUGAACCGCGAAACACCUACCAUUUCGGAGGUAUACCAUGAACGCAAUCUAGGAUUGGGUCUCGCACCACCACUCUCUAAAUUGCUGCUAAGCAAGAAUUACGAUGAUGAACCAGGUGUAAACAGCAGCAGCAACAAACUUAAUAGCACGUGCACCAUCAAGAGCAUUGUGGAUGCCGUAAAUGAGCUGGAACUCAGCGGCACCUCGUCCUCAUCGUCUGUCAGCACGGCGAACACGAAAACUCUGAACAUGCCGACGCACAUCACAGGUAAUAGCAACAACUCCGCUCUCGUUAAUACUUGUGGAGCCAACAAUGCCAACGUUGGCAGCUCAAGCGUAAACGUUACCAACAACGCAGUAAGCGCAAAGGACACCUGCUCAAUUUGUGGUGAACCUGCCGACAUCAUAUGCCGUUGCAAGGCAGCCACAGUGCAAAAGAAAGGCACGCUCAAGCCAUGGCUAAGCAAUGUGCCCUCGAGCAUAGUGAAGGCAAGUGAACUGACGACGGCCGAGAUACUAGAGAGACAACACAAGAUUAAGACGAAUGUCAGCAGCAUCAAGACAAAAGCCGAGACAAGCAUGACUAUAUCUAACGUGAAGCGAGCGAGCAGUCCCUUCAAUGAAUUUUGUCGACGUGACGAAGGCGAUGGCAGAUCGGUGGCGGACUCGCAGUGCAGCAGUACAUACAAAACAGCGGCGGCAGUGAAGGGUAACACUGGUGGCAAUGCCAGUGGAGGGGUGAACAGCAAAGAUGGCGGCAAAAUUACAGCACAAUCCAGUGGCAUUGCUGCGGUAGGCAGGAAGAUGUAAAAGGCGAACGAAGUAGAUGAGAUAAAAAUUAGAGCAGAAAAUGGGAGGUAAAUAUAAAGAAGCGAAAAUGAGGUGUGGAGGAAAAAAGGAGGUAUUUCAAAUAGAAAAACUUAAAUAAGAAUAAAAAGAAAAAACUAAUAGAGGGUAAAAAAUAAAAGCUAAAUUAAACUACGAAAAGAAGAAAACAAAACCGAAUUAUGUAAAACGCAAAAUUUAUUUUCUAGAAACAAAAAACUAGCUGCAAGCAUGAAUUUUAUAGAGUUGCAAUAACAACAAUGAAUAUUAAAGAGGUAAAAUGGAAAAAAGAAGAAGAAAAUUGUUAUUAUUUCGGAAUUCAAAAUAAUUUAAAGUGUAGUUAGAUGCUCAAAGCAAGUAUCGAAACAAUAUUUAAAUACCGAGUUCUGUGGAACUUUAAAUCAGAUGUGAGCGUAAAUGUAAAAAAUGCAAUAAUAUAU